GGACUCUUUAAAUAUUUGUUCUAAAUUACGUGAAAUGUUUUCACCGGACGUAUUCCAAUCGAAUAAACCGGUCGAUUUUUACUUUGAACCAAAGAAAAUGGAUAGUUCAAUGGGUUAUUCGAAUUAUAUUAUGAUGAAUUCCACGGCUGUGCUGACACCAACAUCGCCACAAACAUUUUGUUUUCCAACGAAAUCCUUCGAUACCACUGAUUACAUGGCGACAGACACAUUCAACGUAUCAACGCAAUCGACUAAUUACAACAAUGAUUGUUUUAAUUGGUUUGAUAUGGGCUCGGUGGCCGACACACCGAAUUCGGCUCAAUCGGCAAUUUCAACCUCAACCAAAGCUAUUAAAGAGGAGAUUUUCAACUUUGAACCCGAAUACAUUGAGCUCUUCCAGCGUAAUUGUGACAAUCCAGGUACAAACACUGAUAGUUUUGAGCAGCCAGACAAUGAUUACAUGAAUUUCAACGAAAGCAAUUGCCAAUCAAAGUCGAUAUGCACUUCACCGAAUAUUGAGUCUCUAUUGGAAUCUGGUGACUCGAUUCCAUCAACCACAGGCAAUUGUCUUCCACCGAUAUCCACCUUUUCGGAACAAUUUCAAAACAAUUACUUGGAUCGAGAUGACUUCGGUUUGAUUGAACACGAUUCGCCAAUGAUUCAAAAUGAUAUCGACUUCGAAACCAUGAACAAUUUCAACUUCAAUCAAAUCGCCGAGGACAAAUGCGAUCGCAACGAGAAAAACAUUUGGGAAAUGUUAAACAUUGACACCAGUCAACCAGAAUCACCAACCGAUAACAUUUUUGUCGAUGAAAUUCCGGACUGCAAAAAUGACAUAUCCACCGAAACCGAGAAAGUAUCAAACAUUAUCGACGUUGAAGUUGACCUGAAAACCAAUGCAAAAGAUUGGAUUUGUCAAUGGGAAAAUUGCUUCGAGAUUUAUCGCAAUCAAAGUGAAUUGGUGAAACACAUUGAAAAGACGCACAUUGAGGCGAAGAAAGGUGAUGCCUUUUCAUGCUACUGGUUGAAUUGUGCUCGACAACACAAGCCAUUCAACGCUCGUUACAAGCUAUUGAUUCAUAUGCGUGUGCACAGCGGAGAAAAGCCGAAUAAGUGCCAGUUUAAGGGCUGCGAUAAAUCAUUCUCUCGACUGGAAAAUUUGAAAAUUCAUCGAAGAUCCCACACUGGCGAAAGGCCAUAUGGUUGUUCCUACGUUGGAUGCACCAAAGUGUUUAGCAACAGUUCGGAUCGGGCAAAACACCAACGAACACACUUUGAUGCGAAACCAUAUGCUUGUCAGUUGCCCGGUUGCACCAAACGCUAUACGGAUCCUAGUUCAUUGAGGAAGCACGUGAAAAAUCAUGCCAUCAAAAGUCAAAUGAAUCCAAAGAAGAAAACAGCCAAAGAACUUGAAUCGGUACAGAAACGACUGAGUUUGGUGUUGAGAGAACGAUCCAGCGAUAGUAUUCAGAAGAGAGCCAAUGAUUUUUUGAAUGAAAAGGAAGUUCACAUCAAACAAGAGUUCAACGUUCACACGAAUUUCUUUUUCAACGAUUCAAAUGAUGAUGGCAAUCAAAUGGAAGAAAGUACAAAUUCAAUUGAUCUCAUGGAUAUCUCCAGAUGCAUACUGGGUAUUGAGGGUGAAGAAAUCCAAUACCAGUACAAGGACAGCAUGAUCGUCAAAACGGAAAACUCUGCUUCGGACGAGGAUAAUAUUGAAGCCAUAAAAAAGUACUUAAUCGAACAGCCGACUGAAUACAUUGAUCUCAAUGCCCUACAAUCCACAAAACAUAACUACUUCAACAAUUUUUAAAAGCAUUUUACUCGUUCAACUCUUUAGUUUUUAGUGUUUUGUUCUCUCACAUUUUUUUAUUAGAUCUUAAAUUCAAUCAUGCAUUUUAUUAGUUUUUAAGAAGAAAAUGUGUUAUGUUAAGUGCUUCCUG